AUGUGCCCGGCGCAGGCGUGCCCCGCAGGUUAUGUGUACGAUGCGACGGAUGGAUUGUGUGAGCACCGAGUCGUUGAAGGCGAUGUAAUGGCAAACGGAGUCGCGGUUGGUGUGGCUGUUCUCUCCGUCGCUGCUGGUUUUCUGCUGUCUAUAUUUGUGAUGCAACUGUGUCCGGUUCUUUUGAUGCGCGCCAGUGGGGAGGAGGCGAAGAAGAGAGCGCUGUAUACGUCGCCGGACGCUGCGGGGAAUUCCCACGUGAGCAGUCUGGCCGCUGAGAACAGUGAAUAUGCCCGCAGGGAGUCGUAG